CUUCAGUCAGUGUCGAGCCUGAAAGCGGAGGACGAAGAGCAAGAGCCGACAGACAGACAAGAGUCGCAGCUAAACGGCGUUUUGAAUAUCUUCUUUUUUACACGCAGCUGCUGACGGUCGCUUUGAGGAUUUAAGCUCUCGGUGUGUGAUUUUGAUGAUUUUUCCUUCCAUUGUUGGUCGAAGUUUUCGACUGUCACGUCUUAGUUACGGACACUUUUCUGUCACAUAUGUGGGAUUUAUCGUUUGCAUGUAAGACUUUACAAUUAAACACUGAGCUACACUUGGUGUUGGGCUGUUUUUAGAGUGUUAUUAUAACGUAGCCCACAGCUAUCGGUAUAGGCAGCCACUAGACCUGCUUUCGCCAUGGGGAAAUAGCGGGGCUCUCUCAAACCGACCCCCGUAUUCCGACUCUUUCAUGCUCCUUUUUAAAAGACUCAGCUCCGUUUUUUACUUCAGCUAUGAGCAUGGAUGGUUGUCCGCUGAAGGUGGCGAUUUUUUUGUGGUGUACACUAGUGAUUUCUGGCUCCAGCUUUGAGAUAGGCUCCUACGACCUGGAGCGAGGCAGACCAGCGAAGUGCGAGCCCAUCGUGAUCCCCAUGUGCCAGGGGAUCGGCUACAACCUGACCCGGAUGCCCAACUUCAUGGACCACGACGACCAGAAGGAAGCUGCCAUCAAGCUGAACGAGUUUGCUCCUCUGGUGGCGUACGGCUGCGAUGUGCACCUCCGCUUCUUCCUCUGCUCCCUCUACGCCCCCAUGUGCACGGACAAAGUGUCGACCUCCAUCCCCGCAUGCAGACCCAUGUGUGAGCAGGCCCGGGAGAGGUGUGCCCCCAUCAUGAAGAAGUUCAGCUACACCUGGCCCGACUCGCUGGACUGCGCCAAGCUGCCCACAAGAAACGACCCCAACGCUCUGUGCAUGGAGGCCCCCGAGAAUGAAACCAGGACGGAGGGCAAGAAAGGCGAGGGCAUGCUUCCUGUGCCCCCUCGGCCCCGGCAGCCAGGCACCAGCAGCGGGCGCUCCCCGGGAAGUUUGGGCACCUGCGAGAACCCAGACAAGUUCCAGUUUGUGGAGAAGAGCCAGUCCUGUGCGCCUCGGUGCUCCCCUGCUGUGGACGUGUUCUGGUCCAGACAAGACAAAGACUUUGCCUUCAUAUGGAUGACUGUAUGGUCGAUCCUGUGCUUCAUCUCCACUGCCUUCACCGUCCUGACCUUCCUCCUGGAGCCUCACCGUUUCCAGUACCCUGAACGCCCCAUCAUCUUCCUCUCUAUGUGCUACAAUGUGUAUUCUGUGGCCUUUGUCAUCCGCUCUGUGGCUGGAGCUGAGAACAUCGCCUGUGACAGGGAGCAUGGCGAGCUCUACAUCAUCCAGGAGGGACUGGAGUCAACUGGCUGCACCAUCGUCUUCCUCAUCCUCUACUACUUCGGCAUGGCCUCUUCUAUCUGGUGGGUCAUCCUCACCCUCACCUGGUUCCUGGCUGCGGGGAAGAAAUGGGGCCAUGAGGCUAUCGAAGCCCACAGCAACUACUUCCACAUGGCAGCUUGGGGCAUCCCCGCUCUGAAGACCAUCGUCAUCCUCACGAUGAGGAAGGUGGCAGGGGAUGAGCUGACGGGGCUGUGCUAUGUGGGCAGCAUGGACUCUGGGGCGCUCACCGGCUUCGUCCUCAUCCCUCUGUCCUGCUACCUGAUCAUCGGCACCUCCUUCAUCCUCACCGGCUUCGUGGCUCUCUUCCACAUCCGCAAAGUGAUGAAGACAGAGGGCACCAACACAGAGAAGCUGGAGAAGCUCAUGGUGAAAAUCGGCAUCUACUCCAUCCUCUACACGGUGCCAGCCACCUGUGUCAUCGUCUGCUACUUCUACGAGCGGCUCAACAUGGACUACUGGAAGCUGAGGGGGCUGCAGAUGAAGUGCGGCUCGUUCAACGGCCUCAGCGGGGACUGCUCGCUGCAGGCCUCCGUGCCAACCGUGGCCGUUUUCAUGCUGAAGAUCUUCAUGUCGCUGGUAGUGGGCAUCACCAGCGGGGUGUGGGUGUGGAGCUCUAAGACCCUGCAGACCUGGCAGGGCCUGUGCAGCAGGAAGCUCGCAGACAGGACUAGGAGCAGAAAGCCAUGCAGUGGCGUCAGCUGCGGCAGCACGCACUGCCACUACAAAUCCCCCGCUGUGGUUCUGCACAUGGCCAAGACUGACCUGCACUCAGACAACCCCACACAUGUCUGAGACAGAGCGUGACACACGGACAUGAACAUACACACUGCCAAAUGCAAACACACACAUGACCUGAGAAAGGAGCUGCUGAAGACUUUGUGAGAAACUGAGCAGAUGGAAUGAACUAUCAGGUACUGCUGUGCUGCUGCCAAGGGACGCGUAACUAUGAGAAACUAUCUAUAAACAGUAUUCAAUGCAUAAAGGGAAAUGCUCAGUAUUGUAACCUAUAUUUGUCUGUUACAUAGUCGUCUGUGCAGUAGAAGUGCCCAGUGUUUCAAAGCAAAAAAAAGACUGUUAUGGGUGGUAUCUGUGGGAAAUUUGAGGUUUUUUCUCCUGCUAUAAAGUGGCAUGGAUUUGUAAAAAUGUGUAUAAAUGUUUUAUUUAUUGUAAAUAUAUUUAAUUUAAAGGUCACUUUAUCAGAUUUGUUGUUUAGAUGCAUUUAUUGAAGGUAAAGGGAAAUUUAAGUGCCUUUUAUAAGAAUUCUGGUUCUGGCUUUUUUUUUUUUUUUGAGGAAAAUAAAUUUGUGGAAUUCAUGUUCAGCAGUCUUGUGUUAAUGUCGUCAUUUUGUUGUCUGUCUCAGAGAAGCUCGUGAUGAAUAAUUGACCUUAAACAGUUUCAAAUCCAAACUAGUUCUCAUUUUAUUUUUGUUCUCCUGUCAUUCUUCUCCUAGGAUAUCAGGCGGGUUUUUUUUUUAAAGUGGGACUCCCCUCCAAAUGUGUUGUCUUCCAAGAGCAUGCUUCACAUCCCACAGGCGUCCCUGACAAUAAUCCUCAAAGAGAAUAGCUGAUGAAUAGAGUGACAAUCCUAGCAAGCCUUAAUGUUUGCAUCAUCGUCUUAAAAAUGCAGGAGCAGUUUGCGGAGGAAUAUAUUUAAUUAAUGACCGUUUUAAUCCCUCUGCAGAAUCACUGUUGUUGCCCUCUCUCGCAGCUCCAUUUGAUCCCUGGGCAAACACUCAGCACUUUGAUCUGAGAGGACGAAAUCUGAAGUGGAUUUCAGCCUUAUUGCAUGGCUUCAUUGGCAGAUUUAAGUUAAGCACAGGCACUCAAAGCUGUGGUUGUUCAUUGAGUAGAAGGAUUAUUAUCUUCUUAUUUAAAUUUGUGGUUUGUUGAUGCUGGAAGCUGCAUUUCUGAUAUAAAUGACAGGAUAAGCAAAAUAACCACUUUACAUGGUUAAAUGUUUGAAUUUGAUUACACUGCCAU